AUGACGGUUCAACUUCACAUGGCGAAUUCGAUCUUCUUCCCUCUUUCAUUUUCAAUCGGCACAGAUGGAGGCUUAUCCUUGUUCUCCGAUCCAAAUCACCAAUUCACCACCGUCCUCUUUUCCUUCCCUGAUCUCACUUUGUUAGCUUCGAUUCACCGUUGUUUCAGUUCUCUCAUCAGUCGAAAAUCGGUUCGAGAACUCAUGCUAUCUACCUCACAUCUCAAGCGAAUAGCGAUGCAUAUAAAAGCUAGAGGAGAAAAAGAACGAAGAAAGUUACCGAACAGAGACAGUCUGGUGCUUCUUCAAAGUGAUGAAGAUGAUAAGAAAUCCCGAGAAAAUUCAGGUACACUUCUCGGUUCCGAUUCUCCUUCUCUUCUACUUCGAUUUUGCUCUCGAUCUUCCUUCUUUCCAAUUUCUUCCUUUUGA